CGAGCCCGGGCGGCCAUGAAGCCGCUGGAGAAGUUGCUGAAAAAGCCGGGCUCGCACCUGCCCGUCCGCCCCGCCGCCCCCACGGGGCAGGUACCGGGGCCGGGGUCGGUGCCGGCGCCGCGGCGGCAGAGCCUGUCGCGCCCGCCCGCCUCCCCCGAAGAGCCGGCGGGGCCCGCGGGGCCGGUACCUGGGGGCGAGGGCCGCUGGCUGGAGCUACGGCCGCCCGAGGCUCCGCUCCGCUCCCCUGAGGACCCGUCACCGGGCUGCGACCGUGAUCGGGAUCGGGACCGGGAGCGGGAGCCGCCGAGCCCGGAGCCGCCGCCCGCCGCCCGGUGCUGCUGCGGCUGCGGCUGCGCCCCCGCCGCGCCCGCGCCCCCCGAGCGGCUCCUGACCGCGCUCCUCGACCGGCUGCCGGCCGCUGCAGACGGGAGGGGCUGCGGGGCAGAGUCGCUGCUGGAUGACAUCGUGCUCACCCACUCGCUGUUCCUGCCCACCGAGCGCUUCCUGCAGCAGCUGCACCAGCACUUUGUGCUGGCGGCGGGCAGCCCCCCGGCGCGCUGGGAGGAGGGGUCGGGGCUGCGGCGCAAGCGGGCGGUGCUGGCCGUGCUGCUGCACUUCCUCGAGACCUACAAGGGGCUGCUGCAGGAGGAGGAGAGCGCCGGGAAGGUCAUCAAGGAGCUUUACCUGCUCAUCAUGAAGGACACGUCCCUGUACCACGAGCUGGAGGACGAGAUCAUCAAGCUGCACCAGCUCGUGGAGACUGUGGAGCUCAAGGUGGCCGACGAGACCCCCCCUCCGAACAAGCAGGUGAAGCCGCUGUUCCGGCAUUUCCGCCGCAUCGACUCCUGCCUGCAGACCCGGGUGGCAUUCCGGGGUUCUGACGAGAUUUUCUGCCGUGUGUACAUGCCCGACCACUCGUACGUCACCAUCCGCAGCCGCCUCUCGGCCUCGGUGCAGGACAUCCUGGCCUCGGUCACCGAGAAGCUCCAGUACUCGGAGGAGCAGAGCGCCCGCGGGGACGCCCUCAUCCUCGUCACCAUGGCCUCGUCCGGAGAGAAAGCGGUGCUGCAGCCCAGCGAGGAGUGCGUGUUCACCACCCUGGGCAUCAACAGCCACCUCUUCGCCUGCACCAGGGACACUUUUGACUCCUUGGUGCCACUGCCCGAGGAGAUCCAGGUGGUGCCGGGGGACACCGAGAUCCACCGAGCCGAGCCCGAGGAUGUGGCCAACCACCUGACAUCCUUCCACUGGGAGCUCUUCCGCUGCAUCCACGAGGUGGAAUUUGUGGAUUACGUGUUCCACGGGGAGCGGGGCCGGCGGGAGACGGCGAACCUGGAGCUGCUGCUGCAGCGCUGCAGCGAGGUGCAGCACUGGGUGGGCACGGAGCUGCUGCUCUGCGAGGCGCUGGGCAAGCGCGCCCACCUGCUCAAGAAGCUCAUCAAGAUCGCUGCCAUCUGCAAGCAGAACCAGGACAUGCUCUCCUUCUACGCCAUCGUCAUCGGCCUCAACAACGCCGCCAUCAGCCGCCUGCGCCUCACCUGGGAGAAGCUCCCAGGGAAAUUCAAGAAUCUGUUUCGGAAGUUUGAGAACCUGACGGUGGGUGAGAGGUGUGGGGGCUGCUGUGGGUGUUGGGAGGGGGGUCCUCAGUGUCGACCAGAGUUACCGGGCCCCGUGGAGCCCCGGGAGCUGUUCCAGGCAUGA